GGUUAACUUUGGUGCAGAUGAUAACAGUCAUGGAAGACUAUGAGCAGGCGAUAGCAUUCCUUGGUCACUGGGGACCAUAUCAACAAUUGAUUUUUUUUCUACUGUGUUCUAGCACCAUUCCCAAUGGGUUCAGCGCUUUCUCUGUGAUAUUCCUGGCUGAUAUUCCAGCCCACCACUGCCUAAUCCCAGGUGCAAACCUGAGUGAGGAAUGGAUCAGGGCAAGCAUCCCUCUAAAUGUGGUGAAUGGCAAGCAUGAGUUGAGCAAGUGUCGGAGAUACAACCAGGAGAUAAUACGAAACCUUUCUGCUCAGGGCUUCAAUCCCGAAGACGUAAACCUCACUAGUGUGGAAUUGGAGAAAUGCACAGAUGGGUGGACUUACAGUAAAGACGUAUACCAGUCCACCAUUGUUACUGAAUUUGACCUAGUUUGUGAUGAUGAAUGGAAACAACCCUUCACCUCCUCCAUCUACUUUAUUGGUGUGCUCUGUGGAUCGUUCUUCUCUGGACAGAUCUCUGACCGGUUUGGAAGAAAGCCUGUUCUUUUUGCAACCAUGAUGGUCCAAACUAUCUUCACCUUUAUUCAAGUCUUUGCUCCAUCUUGGGAAGUAUUCUCCAUUCUCUUCUUCAUUGUCGGACUGGGACAGAUUUCAAACUAUGUGGCAGCGUUUGUUUUAGGUACAGAACUCCUUUCUGGAGGUGUAAGGGUGUUUUACUCAUCACUGGGAGUUUGUUUGUUUUUUGCUUUUGGUUACAUGAUGCUGCCACUGAUAGCAUAUUUAAUACGUAAUUGGAGGAUGCUUCUGGUUGCGCUGUCUGUACCUGGUCUUAUCUACAUCCCCCUCUGGUGGUUCAUUCCAGAGUCUCCUCGAUGGCUCAUUUCUCAGGGAAGAGUAGAAGAAGCUGAGGCCAUAGUGAAAAACGCUGCUAGGAAAAAUGGGGUCUUACCUCCUGACAUCAUUUUCAAGAAGUCUGAGGAGGAAGAGAAAAACACUAAACCACAAAAAACUAAACCCGAAAAUAAUAUAUUGGAUCUUAUGAGAACCAGCAACAUUCGGCGGACCACUCUGAUCCUGUUUUUAGUUUGGUUGACCCUCAGCAUGGGGUACUUCGGCCUGUCAUUAAACACAUCUCGUCUACAUGGAGAUUCAUAUGUGAACUGUUUCAUUUCUGCUGCUCUGGAGGUUCCCGCCUAUAUUACCAGUUGGCUGUCUCUGCGCUACUUACCCAGGAAACUCUCCUGUCCAGUCAGCAUGCUGCUCGGAGGAGGAGUACUCUAUUUCAUUCAGUUAGUACCACCAGACCUUCCCGCCUUAUCUGUUGCUCUGGAAAUGGCAGGGAAGUUUGGGAUGGCUAUCGGAACAGCCCUGAUGUUCGCCUACACUGGAGAACUGUACCCAACAGUGCUGAGGAACACAGCAGUGGGGUCAUGUGCUAUGGUGUCCCGUGUGGGAAGUGCAGUUGCCCCCUACUUUAUCCAUUUAAGUGUGUAUCAUAAGUACUUACCCUACAUCCUUUUGGGAACUCUAUGCGUUUUUUCAUCAUUAACAACCCUGUUUCUGCCAGAGACCUUCAGGAGACCCCUUCCAGAGACAAUAGAUCAGAUGCAGAAAAGAGAAAGGAUAAACUGCCCAUGCUUCUCUAUUAACAAAGAAAAGGACCCACAACUGAACACCAUCUCCAACACCUCUGUACCCCAGAUCCUUCAGGAAGAGAAGCUAUGAGACUAUUUAUUGUUAUAUAUAUGUUUGUUAAUUUUAUGGUCCAUACACAUCCUUUUGUGUGAAUACAUAAUUGACAUAUAUUUAUGUUUUUUCAAAUAUGAACUUUUUAAAUGUGGUAUUUGUUAAAACUAAGAACAAUCUUAAUGAAUGAAAACAGUGAAUGUUAAAUGUGUUCUCUAAAACCUGAAAUUAUGUAAGAUAUCUCUGCUAUGUUUAUGUUUUUAAUUAAAAGUUAGAUGUCAUGUUUUAUAGCCUCUGCCUGAAUUUUCUAUGUAAUUAAACUAUUUAUUUACAAUUUACCCAAAUAAUUUGUUGUAUUUGUUAUAAAUUACAAUAAUUAAUAAUAUAAGCACACAUUUAAAUGUGUGUCAUGUCCUGUCUGUUCUCUUGUCUGUAUGUUCUCAUGUGACCCGGCUCCUCUGUGUUUCAUUCCCAGUGUUUUUCCACUCACCUGUGUUCAUUUGUAGCUCCGCCCCUUCGUCCCAGGUGUUUCCUGUUCCCUGUGUGUGUGCACCUCUAUUUAAGGUCCGUGUUCCAUUUCCCCGGUGUCGAUCCUUGUAUGUUUAUCGUCUGUCAGUGCUCUAUGUGUUCCCCAGUUUCCUCAGUCCUGUUUUCAGUUUAUUCCCGGUGUAUUUUGUAUUUGUUUUCUUUAAUAAAUCCCUUUUUUGUUUGCAUUUGCGUCCGCCUCCGCGUCCUCCCUGCACCCGCACCUGACAGAAGGAUCGACC